CCCAGGGCGCGCCAGGCACUGGCCGCGCGCACCGCGGAGCCCGUCACCCUGCGGCCGCGAGGGGACGACCGGGCGGCCUGCGCGUCUCCACACCUUCCCGAGAGAGGAGCCCUGGGGCGCCCGGGGCGGCCGGUGGGCAAACGCCAGAGGGAACCCAGGCCCUGGCGCGCGAGUGGCGCGCGGUGUUUUGUUCGCAGCGGCGUGGGGAACGCGGCCAGAGAGGCGCGUAGCCCCUUUAAGAGGCGAAAGGAAUGUAUCAAAACAAAAAGGCCGCGCGCCCACUGGCCGCGCACCGCACGUGACCGCACAGCUGAUCUCCCGGCCCUUCCUCCGGGCGGCCGCCGCCGAGUGUCAGUUUCAGCGCCGCCGCCUGCCGUCUCUCGCGUGCCGGCCCCCGACCGCCCGCGCCCCUCUUCGCGCCCGGCCCCGCCGAGCCGGCGCCCGCCGCGGGUCCGAGCGGCUGCCCGGCGCGCAGAUGGCGCAGGCGGCGGCCGCCGGGCCGCCGGAGCAGGGCUGCCCCAUCCGCGUGGAGCACGACCGCCGGCGCCGUCAGUUCACCGUCCGGCUCAACGGAUGUCACGAUCGGGCCAUCCUGCUCUAUGAGUACGUGGGCAAGCGCACUGUGGACCUGCAGCACACCGAGGUCCCUGACGCCUACCGUGGACGUGGCAUCGCCAAGCACCUCGCCAAGGCCGCCCUGGACUUUGUGGUGGAGGAGGACCUGAAGGCGCAUCUCACAUGCUGGUACAUCCAGAAGUACAUCAAGGAGAACCCCCUGCCUCAGUACCUGGAGCGCCUGCAGCCAUGACCCUGGCCCUGCGGGGUGGGGAUACUCCACGCAGACCUCUCCUCGUGGCCUUUGCCCAGCCUUCCGUGGGCUCUCAGGAAACUUGGUCCCCACAGGGGGCAGAGUCAGAGUUAUUUUUGUAAGGACAUUCAUCUGUGACCUCUGGAGGCAGCUGGCCAAGGAUGGGCAGCGGUCCAGCUGCUGAGGCAAGGGGAGGCUGGGUGGCCAAAGUCCCGGCAGCUCCCGCUCUGCAGACACUGGCUUCUCAGGAGGCCUCUGCAGCCUUUUGUGGCCAGGACCAGAGGUGGACAGGGCAGCCCUGUGGCCCAUCUGCCCCACCUGCUGUUCCCUGCUCUGUGAUCACAGGAAGGCGAUUUGGAGCCCCUGCUGCCACCUCCUAGAUCUGCAUCCAUCCUGUAGAUGAGGAGGGUGCUCCCUGAGCCAAGAUGAGCAAUAAGAAACCUUGUGUGCCAACCUCCAAGGGGCGCAGCCAUGCUGCCAUGGGCUCUGCCCCUGCCCUGUGACUUGUGUGCCAUGAGGGGGCUGGCCAAGGCAAGGGGCAGCCCCCCCGAUGUGUGAGGCCUGUGAUGGGCAGACCAGGCACAAACACAAACCCAGACGCUGGGUCGGGUGGCUGCUGGGGAGGGUGCUGGGUGUUCGCUCCUCGGUGGCCAUUCCCUGAAGUUCCUGCCUCCUUGUCUGUCAGCUCUGCCGAAACCAAGGCCCCUGGGCCCCGGAGCUGCCCUCCCUGUCCCCGACUGCCAGGAGCCAGCCCCAAGUGUGGCCCCAGUACUGGGGACUCCCACCCCCGGUGGCCUCAUGGCCACCCCGUCAGUGGGCUUUCUCAGAGAAGACCCUUUAGGAGGCAAACUGUCCUCAGAAAAUCCUCCUCACCACCCAGGAGGAAGAAGCACUUCUGCAGAGGGAUUUCCUGCGCAGCCACCAGCCAUCAGAGCGUCUCUCUCUCUCGUGGUGAGCCAGUGGCUGGGCACUUUCUGUUGCCUAUUUAGGGUCCCAGGGCCCCUCUAAGAUCUGCCUUCCAGGUAAUGGCCUGCAAGGUGCACUCCUGCAGCCUUUGUCCUGGGGUCCUGGGAGCUUCCUUUUGGAGGCUGCUUAGGGCCCAGUGUCCUGCCUCCCUGUGCCGCUCUCCACACGGUCCCAUCCAUGCCUGCUUCCCUGUGGAGCUGAGGCACCGAUUGACAGCGUAUCUCUGGGGAUGACGUGCUCCGCAGGCCUCCAGCUGGCAUGGACUUGGGAGGUGUAGAUGCUGGGGGCACCUUUGUCUGACUGGUGGUGGGAACUGGCCUGCUGUUGCCUGUUUCUCUCACCAACCAGUGUCAGCACUGAGCUCCCCCAGUCCCUGCCCCGCUACAGCAGGGCCCACCCCAGGCAUUUGCACAGACACCUCUGCACCCAGUGGCAGUAAUAUGUCAUCUGCACGUGCAUACAGGCCUGGUGGUCUGCCCACCGGGGGUCUCUGUGCCCCCGAGUCACCAUCCUUAGCAACCCACCCACUCUCGUGGCCCAUGCCUAGAUCCUCUCUGGUCUCAGGAGCUUGCCAGAAGGCCGAGGGCACCCCUUGCCUUCCCACUGUACUCCUCAGCUCUAUCUGCAAAGGCCUAUUGUGGGGAGCCCAGAAAGCCCCUGGGCCUCCACUGUGCUGUGUGUCAUGGGCCUGGAAGUGGCUGUCAGGAAGUGGGCUCAGCUGCUGGGCCGUCAGGCCUCGGGGCGUCCCACUGAAGCAGAGUGAGUUGUAGGCCCCCAUAGACAGAUGGGCCUGGGCCUGGGCCUGCUCCAUCCUCACCAUCCUGGGACCCCCUUUCCCUCCCUCUCCAGGACCACCCACAUCCACACAUGCCUCCCCAAGUUCAAGCACAGACCCCGUCAUGAAAAGCUCCCCCACAGCAAGCUAGUGCUGUCCCUCCACAGCCUACAGGGUGAGGUGAGCCAGCUGCAGGAGGGCACUUGGCCCUGGUGCCUUCCCAACCUGUCCAUGGGAGGGUGCCCUGCAGGGGCGGCACACAGGACCCCAGGGGAGGCCCCCCACGUGAGAAGGCCAGAGGAGCAAAGAGCCAGGUGGCACCAGGACAGCAGCCCUGUCCCUAUCCCCAGCCUGAGCUUGUGUCCGAAUAGCAGGUGACUCACUGAGCCCAGCCAGCAUGCACAACAGUACUUGAACCAGGAGAAGCACAGGAUCUCAGAGGGACCCCUGUCCCCAGGUCCUGCAGGUGUGACCUGGGCUGCCUUAAACUGUUGCUGCCAUCACUGCAGGGGUGUCUGCUGCUGUGGCCAGGCUGGCCCUCAGGCUCUGGCAGAGCCUCAAGGCAACAGCCAUAGCCCACUCUCCCAGGCAGGUGCCCUGGUCUGUUGCAGAUGCCCCUGCAGACCCCAGUUCACCUCAGCCUGUACGCCUGACUCUAUGGCCAGUGGCCUGCCCUCGGUGCUACCCUGUCUGGGGCCCCAAGCCUCACCCUACCCACCCCAGGGUGCUCCAGGAGCCCUUCCUCUGGAGGCAGGCCACAGGGACCAGUUCACACCACCGGCAAGAGCAGAGGGACACCGCCAAUCCGGGGCCCCCUCCCAGUAGCCCCCAGGCCACGGGCUCUCCUGCCAUGUCUCACGUGUGUUUCUUUCCUGCCUGGUCAAAAUAGAUGGCAACUCAUGUGCCUUUCCUACUCAGGGCCUAUUCCAGGUGGUGUCUGGGCCAGGGUGUCUCCAGACCCACACCCUUUGUUAUUUUUCAAACUCCUAAACAGAUUGCAUGAUGUACGUUUCAAUAAAAGAUAAUGGCCUAGCACACUGGCUCCAGGAUUGCUGCUAGAAAAGGCACAGUGGGUACCUGCAAGCCAGGGGCUGCUGUCCUCAGGCCGGCUGGACCGUUCCCCACCGCAGUCUGAUCACUGGCGCCUUUUAGCUUUUACUAAUGCAGAGCCAGGCAGUGGAGGCUCAGGAGCCACAGGCUGGUGGACAGAGGAGACAGCAAGCCUGGCAGGUGCUCUCCUCCCAUCUCUUGCCCUGGUGGUCAGCCUCUCAUACUUAACUGGUGGCGCAGCCCCACUUUCAGGUAGGGAGUGCGAGGCUUCGAGAGGCACUGGGCUUGGCUGUGAGACAGCAGGUGUUGGGCUCCAGGGCCCUGCUGUGCAUGCCCAGCCACAUCCCUUCCCUGCACCACGGCUCCCACCUCCUCCGGAGGCCACGGCCACACUCUCAGCAGUGGGCCGCCCACUGCCUGGACGGGAUUUACCAGGAAGAGCUGCGCUAUCACAUGUCACAUCCACCGCUGUUCUUGGACUUGUCCCUCUGCCCCUCAGCCUUCUCCAAGCCUUGUGGUCCAGCAGGAGGCGGCAGAGCACCCAUGCAGUCCCUGGGGCUAAGCCCCCGCAAACGUUCCCAAAACAGGAGUGUGAGAGCAUUCUGGCCCAGCCUGAGGGCUGCUUCUUGGCUGCCUGGGACAGGAGGGACCCCGAGCAGGAUUGCUUCCUCCUGGCUCCCACCCUGGAGGUCAUAAUGCCACCCCAAAGAGGGCAUAGCAGUCGCCAGGCCCCUAGAGCACAGGCUUGUCCAGCUGAUUGGUGCAGCAGUUCAUGGGAUCCUGAGUCCUAGGCCUGUUUUUCAGACAAGGAAACAGGCUUGGCGGGGAGGCCCUAGGCUGCAGCCCACAGGGCCAGAAGGUGAGGGGACCAGGAUCCACACUCAGUUCCUGCCCUCUCUGUGAGAUGAACUACACCUGAGUGUCGGGAGAUCUCAUGUCCACUUCAGGCAACAGAUGGCCUUGGAAAGCAAUGCACAGAUGGCACUUUGGCAACCUUCCAGUUCGUUUGGAAGGCUGAGGUGGGUUCCGUCCUGAGCUACAAGGUACAUGGCCCAUCAGAGAUCCGGGUGGACGUGGAGAUAACAUCUCCUCCAGCCUGCACUGCCCGUGGAGCCAGGGUGGUGACGGCAACGCAGAUGGGCCAUCCAACCGCUCACAUUGUUUCUUCCCUAGUUGAUGAUUCUCAGAUUUGCCCAAGUCUACCCAGAUGUCUCUGUACUCUUCUCAAGGUCCCAUUCCUCCCAAAUCAACAAACACCCUAAAUUGCACAUCAGAGGUCAGCUGAGGCUGUGGAGUCAUGUGACUUUGCCACUUGCAGGAUCAAGUUCAAGGUCACGUUUGCAGUUGAAUCAGUCUCACAGCUGCAGAUAUUAAAGAGAUUCAUUUCUGGCUGUCAAGA